AUGAGGUUAAGUGAUGAACUUCGAUACUCAAUAUUAUCAUACAAAAUCAGAGACCAUUACUCAAAUAGAAAAAUUGCAAAAAAAUUGGGUGUCCACAAAACAAAAGUGGCAAAAACAAUUCAAAGAUAUGAACAAACAGGUUCAAUCAAUGACCAUCAACGUUUUGGAAGAGAAAAAAAGAUUCAUGAAAGAGAUGAACGUUUAUUAUGUUUCAAAUUUUUGAAUGGUGAGCUGAAGAAUGUGAAAUUAACAGUGGUUUGGUAUUAUUCAACAACUGGCCACACCAGAUUAGACUGGUUAGUUAGAAACGUAUUGCAUAGGAAUAACAUUGUUUAUAAAAAGAAAUUCAUGAAACCUCGAUUGUAA